GGACGAUGAUAUAAGUGGUCCGAAGGAUCACAUGGUGGGUUAUGUAAGUAUCAUGUAAGCAGCGGGCUUACAGGUAUUUGGCACUCUACCACUUACCACGAUAUCGAUGGCUACCGAUUCCGAAGUCUCUGAUGACAGUAGUUCCAUUGCUACCACGCCUCCUUCGUACCAUGAAACAAUCUCAGCAGAUCCCAUUCGAUGUAGUAAAUCAUCCCUAUUUCCCUUUCGUCGCAUGAAGCAGAAACGUACAGCUGUUCUAUCCCGCAUCCGUGAUAUUGUCUUAGCCCCUAAUUUCACCCCUUCUUCUGUGACCUCAAAUCUCAAUACCUGCGCUGCUGCUAUCCCAGCUGCCGAGUUCUCUAACAUCCUGACACAACCCAAUAUUGAGGGUCACACAGCACUGUAUUGGGCAAUCAUGAAUAAUCGGCCACAAGCUUUUUGGGCGUUUCAUGGAUUCAUCACCCCUCCCCUUUAUCCCUUUGUUUGCUCGUCCGACUUGCUCAAGGCAUGCAUGGUAACCAACGACCAUCCAAUGUUCACGCGUAUUUCUGAAGACACCGAAGACAUGCGUUUGAGAGACUGUUUAGGUUGCCCGCCAGAUAAGAUUCGGCCACCAACCAGUUCAAUGUUGUUCUGCGAAUCGGGAUGUUCCAAAAACGCCUGCGCGCCAGUUCUGAAAAUUUUUGGACGCAUAUGGUGGUUGCGCUUUAUCUUGCGACAGCCUAGCGAUGGAUUAUGGAGCGCUGAGAUUGGUCUUCGUCAGUAUAGCCAUCCAGCGCGUCUUAAAGCUGUACUUUUGAUCGAGGCGCACAGCCGGAAACCUGGCCGUGCAACCCCACCUGGCGCGCUGAAAAUCCCAUUCUCAUUGAUAGGCACAGACUUUGUGGCCCUUGCACCUUGGCGAUCCACCGAUGACACUGCCUAUGUGUCUCCUCCCGAUAUGACUUGGCGCAUAUCACGAAAGCUGGGUGAUUGGGUAAUGCACGAUACGACUGAGUAUGUAGACCACGAGGGCACCCUACAUGCGAGGCUAGAGACGACAUUGUUAUGAAUCCAAUAGUGACACUAGUCAAUGUCAUCGAAGUUAAUUCCACUCAAAAAAAAAGUGCUACAGUUAGUGCCACAAACGAUUUUCAUAAGUUCCGCGUCCUUUCGACGCUAGUCACCGAGUGGGGGGCAACAGAAUCUCUCGAACAAUGUCGAGCACGCUUGUCGCUCGUUCUUGUUAGCCUCCAGGAACCAAGACGCACCAAGAUGAGGGUGUAGGGCUGGAUGGUGCAGUUUGGCUCGCUGGACGGCUGGAUGAGCGCGGAGAGGUGCUGCAUGGUCAUGAUUGGAGUAGGGUGGCGCUAGAUGGUACAGUUCGAGAUCUAUAUGCUUAGUAGAGCAAAAUAAAGGUGUGAUGGUGC